AUGAGAGUGAAAACCGUGCCGAGACAACGAGUGAUUCAAGGUAACAAGAACGUUGACCCAGUGUCCGAAACUGUUACUGGAAAAAUUGAAAACCCGGACCAGUCUACAUCGGAUGGUGACGAGAAAGAGACGACAGAGGAUGAAAAAGACGUGUCACACGAAUCGACCGAGUGUGUGGAUGCGAAAGGAAGCGAAUUGAAGGAUGAAUCCGUGAAGAGUGAGAAAGAGAAAGAAGCAUUGGCUUAUUCGGAGGAAGUAUUAGAUAUGUCGAUUAAACAUAAGGUACGCCGUGUCACUGCUCUCGAGUGUGAUUCAACGCUCUUUAGCUUGAUAACCAGUCCAACUUUCAAAUACGUCUACUCACAUUUAAAAGAGGAUAGGAAAGAAUCGAUCUGCAACGACGACAAUAACAACGUAUUACCUUCAAAGACAGAGCCAGAGAGCUGUCACUCGGUAGCCGAUUCAUCGAGCAAAGCCGAUCCAGAAUCGCGCGAAAAGAAAUUGCGCGACGAGGACAAGCCAGCAGAGGCUGUUAAUCUGUGCAAAAGGGACUGUCACGAGGAAGACGCAUCGAACUCCAGCGUGGGAUCCAACGAAAGGUUAAAGGAUACUUUCCUUUACAAAAUCAUGACAGAUCCAAAGUUCCUGGAAAACAUACAGAAGCACAAGCAGUCGAAGCGAAACGUGUGUAAAUUUUGCAAGCAAGAGUUUAGCAACGGCGACGAGCUGAUUGAUCACAUGGACGUGAAAAAGGACGAGUCGAAUCAGGUGACUUGCUGCGCCUGCAAAAGGACGUUCACGCAGAAACGGUACCUAAGAUAUCACCAGAGGUGUCACUCCGAGAGGACCAUGUUCACUUGCAACAUCUGUACCAAAACAUACACCAGACUGGACAAUUUAUCCAGGCACAACGCGUUCCACGUGAAUCCAGACAAAUUCCUGUGCACCUACUGCGAGAAGACGUUCACGAGGAAGGAUCUGUUGAACAAGCAUUUGAAAUGUCACGACAACAAGUAUCGCUUCUUCUGUGAGAUCUGCAAGAAAUAUUUCAAAGGUCCGCUCAGACUGAACAACCACAAGAAGAACGUCCACUUGACUGCAUAA